AUGGAGCUGUAUAGAAUUUUGUGUGCUGUAUUUUUAUUCAGUUUGGUGUCCGCUAUAAAGAGAGCAGAGGAUGGGUCUACUCUUUACGAGGUUGAAGUGAAAAAUGAAGAAGAGAGAGAUAUAUUUAGUGAACUGGUUGAUAAGCUAAAUUUAGAUGUGUGGCUUCCUGCAAUACCAGAAGGUUCGGGACGAGUAUUGGUACUCAAAGACCAAAGAGCGGCAUUUGAAAAUGAGUUCACUGCGGCUGGAAUACAAUACGAAGUUGUAGUGGAAAGAAUGGAAGAACUAAUCGAACUGGAGCGGAGAAAGUUAUCUAAAGCUGCCAAUAUAACUACUACAAGUAAUGGAAACAGAAAUAUUCAAAUUAAUAAGAUAUAUACAUAUGAUGAGGUCAACGAUAUUCUGGAUAAUUUAGCAAAGGACCACGACUCCGUAGAUGUGUUUAGUCAAGGAACCACUUUCGGAGAUAGACCAAUUAAAUAUAUUAGAAUAUCGUCUUCGAAGUUCAUGGACUUUAAGAAACCAGUAGUUUUUAUACAAGCUCUAAUACAAGCCCGUGAAUGGGUCUCGUUACCAGUUGCAUUACAUGCCAUUAACAAAUUAGUUACGGAUAUCGAUGAUCGAGAUCUUAUUAAUGAUAUUGAUUGGAUCAUACUACCAAUAGCCAAUCCGGAUGGAUACGAAUACACCAGGACUGCAUCAAGACUGUGGACUAAAAAUCGACGUGUCCAUGACGAUGAAUGUGUCGGUGUCAACAUCAAUCGUAAUUUUAAUAUACGACAUUCGGGAACAGGAUCCAGUAAUAAUCCCUGUUCAGACAACUACCGUGGAAGUGAACCAGAAUCCGAGAUGGAAACACAAGCAAUACGUGAUAUAUUAACAUUACAUCAAGGGCGUAUAAAAUUGUUCUUAAAUUUACAAAGUUUUGGUAGUCAUGUUUUAUAUGGACACGGCAAUUUAAGUUUGCCGCUUAACGGAUUAAUAUUAAACUUCCUUGCGGUUCAAAUGGCUGCAUUACAAAAUUCCAUACCAAAUGAUAAAGAUAGAGAUUACAUUGUUGGCAACAUCGGUUCAAUAUUGGGAGACCAACCUGGCAUCGCAAUAGACUUUGCGACAGAACAACGAUAUGUAGGUUACUCUUACACAAUUAAUAUAGCAAGUUACGGAAAUGGUGAAAGUAUAGAUAAUGAUAAUGGAUAUCUAGUCGACGCAGACAAUCUUGAGGAGGCUGCCGAGGAGGUAUGGGAAGCCAUUAGAUACAGUGCUAGGUUUGUACGCGACAAUGAUUUUAAUAUUUAA